AUGGAGGAAGCUCAGAUGUAGGGCUUCUACUAGUACUAGUUGGAUCCCCCCGGCCCCUAAUACACCCACCAAUCGCUCGAUUCUCACCGCUAAACAAUUGUCAUUUUAUCAUUUUGCCCCAAAAAUGGUGUUCCUCCUCCUCUUCCCCUAAAACCCCUUCUCCUCUGUUUCUCUAUAUAGAGCAAUGCUCUCUCUCCACCACCACCACCACCACCACCGCUUCCUCCACUUCACCCCACCAUUCUCAAAACCCUUAAACCCCAAAACCCUCAAACCCCCCAAAAAACCCGCCCAUAAAAUACACGCCCUCCUCCAAUACAAUCGAAAGCCCCAACUGGCCGGCGACACCCCCCGCGUCGUCGUCAUUACCUCUGGAAAAGGCGGCGUUGGCAAGACCACCACCACCGCUAACGUCGGUCUCUCCCUCGCCCGUCUCGGCUUCUCCGUUGUCGCCAUCGAUGCCGACGUCGGCCUCCGCAACCUCGACCUCCUCCUCGGCCUCGAGAACCGCGUCAACUACACCGUGAUGGAGGUCCUCAACGGCGAUUGCCGUCUCGACCAGGCCCUCGUCCGCGACAAGCGCUGGUCCAACUUCGAACUCCUCUGCAUUUCCAAGCCCCGCUCCAAGCUCCCCAUUGGCUUCGGCGGAAAGGCCCUGGUUUGGCUCGUCGACGCCUUGAAAGCUCGCCAAGAGGGUUCCCCGGAUUUCAUUCUAAUCGACUGUCCAGCCGGAAUCGAUGCCGGGUUCAUCACAGCCAUCACUCCGGCCAAUGAGGCGGUCCUUGUGACCACGCCGGACAUCACGAGCUUGCGAGAUGCCGAUAGGGUCACUGGGUUGUUGGAAUGUGACGGAAUUAGGGACAUCAAGAUGAUCGUGAACCGGGUUCGGACCGACAUGAUCAAAGGCGAGGAUAUGAUGUCGGUACUGGAUGUGCAGGAGAUGUUGGGUUUGGCGUUGUUGGGUGUGAUUCCGGAGGACUCGGAGGUGAUAAGGAGCACCAACAGAGGGUACCCGCUUGUGUUGAAUAAGCCACCCACAUUGGCCGGAUUGGCUUUCGAGCAGGCGGCUUGGAGGCUUGUUGAGCAGGAUAGCAUGAAAGCUGUGAUGGUGGAGGAGGAGCCUAAGAAGCGUGGCUUUUUCUCCUUUUUUGGAGGCUAAGAGAGUGAAAGCACGCUAAGGUAUAUGGGUUUAAGGUUAUGCUAGUUCGAGUGUUUUGCUUCUGGUGGCUUUAGCAGCAGCCGAGAUUGUUUCGGGAGGAAAGUAAGAAUUAGCUGUGUAGUGUACAGUGGGGUCAGUGAAGUUUGUCUUCUCUUUCUUCAUUUUGCUGAUUUGUUUCUUUGUUUGAUUUGCUAGAUUUCUAGUAGUAUUAGCUUUUAGGAGUGGUGUCUAGUUAAGAUCUGCUCAACUGCAUUUGGUUGCUUUUUUUAUGACAACAUGUUGGUUCUUCUGAGGAUGAAUUUUCUGUAUUUACUCAAUUAUAACAAAAGUUGCUAUUUGUCUUGUGAACGCUGUGAAAUUGGAAAAUUUGUGCCUACUUUUGUGGUGCCCAUCAUUGUUAUUUGAGCUUAUCUGAUGUUAGAAACUUCUUGCCCUGUCUUUUUAGGUGGAUCAAAAUCAACUGAUAUAAAUAGUUUGUGGAAAUCAAUCAUUUGCAGCCCCUGACUGUAUCCACUGACUCCAUACUUGUUAUCUGACUCUGAAAAUCUGACUGAAACUUGGAAUUUUUCUUGGCUUGGGAGGGUAGAAGUUGAACCUGGUAGGGGUUUAUGCUUUAAGUUUGAGGUUAUAUGGGUUAUCGUGAAUGAGGUUAUGGGGUCAUGUCUUAGCUGCACUACUCAUGCAAGACGAGGAGAAUGUAAGAGGUUGUUUAAAGUGGAUCACAAAAGUUUGUAUUUCUUCAAUUUGAUGAUUUGAUGAUUCAAUGUUUCUUCUUUCGAAUGCUGGAUUUCUAGUUUUAGUUUUAGGAAUGGGGUCUGCAAGUUUUAGUCUAAGAUCAGCUCAACUCAGUUUCAAUGCUGAUUGCAACUUCUUCUGGCAUUCCAACAUGUUCAGGAACUACCACUGCUUCAUAAAACUUGAUUUACAGCCGAUUCAGUUACCAUUUGAAACUAGGUGUACUAUAGUUAACUGAGAUAUAAAUAGUUUGUGGCAAUUGACCAUUUGUAACCGUUCUGUGUAUCUACUU